AUGCUAUUGAGUUUCACAAUUCAAGUCAUCCUCACCGUAUACGGCAGCCGGAGAAAGGACAUUCCAGGUAUGUGGAUAAGGCUCACAGUUUGGUUUACCUAUUUGCUCUCUUCUUCAUUUGCUAAAAUCAUCAUAGGCAAACUCACUGAAAUACCCGAAAGUGAUCCAGACGAGCGCAACAUUCGACGCGAACUCAAGGCAUUGUUUGCGCCGCUACUCCUAGUUCAAAUUGGAAAUCCAGAUGCCAUAACUGCAUACUCAAUUGAAGACAACAGGUUGGGUUUGAGGCAACUUCUUACCCUUGUUUUACAAGUAGCUGUUGUGAUUUGGAUCAUUGUAAAGAGCUGGACACAUUCACUCCUCUCUUAUCUUUACCUUCCGUUACUCGUCUCCGGGCUCAUAAAGUAUGGAGAAGUUGUGUGGACUCUCAAGUCAGCUCUUACUAAAACAUCCGGCAUAAUAACAGUUCAAGAGAUUGAUGAUCAAGAAGCAAACAUGCCUUCUUUAUUCCGAUUCCUUCCGGAUGAUAUUCCAAAUAUUGAAUUGAUCUUGAAGGCUUAUUACCGCUUUAUCUCGUUGAAGCCUCACCGCGAAAACUGGCUAUAUCAACCACUGUACGAUUCUCUACCGUGGAUGUCUAUUGAUGAUUAUGAUCCGGAGGAUAUCUUCCACAUCACUGAUGCAGAACUCAGCUUUAUGUAUGACGUGCUAUACACGAAAGCCCCUAUAAUCUACACCAAAGCAGGUUUUAUUCUUCGCGUUGUGAGCUUCUCCCAUUUAGUUAUGACAUUGUGUGGAUUUUCAGUUUUAUUUCAACAAAACUUUUCGAGCCAUUUGAAAGCCUGUUUUAUAGCUGGUGUAUUAGGAGGAGCUGUUGUUUUGGAGGCAUACCAGAUUGCGCAAUUACCGUUCUCAGAUUGGGCGAUUGUUCAAAUGAUCAAGCACCAGCACCUUCCAUUCAUGAUCCCAUGCCUAAGGAUUCUUGGACCGAGAGCGACAAAUCGGAAAAGGUGGUCAAAUACUUUGGCACAGUUUAACUUGAUGACAUUUUGCAUCCAUCAUGACAAGCCAUUGAAGUGUGGAAGAAUUCUCAAGUUCCGGGGGAUCGAUAUGGUGUUGAAGAAGAAUAAAAACAGGAGGCGUGUAGCGUUUCCGAAAGAAUUGAAAGUUCUGAUGGUUGAAGAAAUGAAAGAUAUUGAUAGAGAGAGAGGACUGAAGCCAUUCAAUCAUAGGGGAGAUUGGUCACUCGGAAGAUAUGACUGUCUCAAUGAUUUGAAGUGGAGUGUUCAAAGAGAUUUUGAUAAGAGCAUUACUAUAUGGCACAUUGCAACUGAUAUAUGCUAUUAUUCUGAUACAGAAACUAGUACACAGUAUCACAAUGCCGCAAGUUACACCAAAAUCCAAAUGGCCAAAUCAUUGUCAGAUUAUAUGAUGUACCUUCUGGCGCUGCGUCCUCAUAUGCUUUCAAUGACAACUAGUAACAUAAUCUUUCGACACGCGUGUGAGAAACUCAAGUCAUUGUUGCUAGAACAAGAGGAAUCAGUGAAAGAUGAAAAAGAAGCUUGUAGGAUAUUGAGAAUGGAAAGAGUUCCACAUUACUCAAAAUCAGAAAGGAAAUCAGAAACUGUUGUGACAUCAAAAUGGCAUAUACUGAGGGAUGCUCAAAGACUGGCUAGGAAUUUGAUGGUUAGAGAAAAUAGAUGGAAAGUGAUAUGCAGUGUGUGGGUGGAGAUGUUGUGCUAUGCUGCAGCUAAUUGCAAUGUUGAUUACCAUUCAGAACAAAUAAGAAGAGGUGGAGGGUUGAUAACUCAUGUUUGGAUUCUGUUAGCACACAAGACAGAUAAAUAUCAUAUCAGUGACUAA